UCAGUGACAGUGUGUCAAUGGCCGCAGAUGCAUCGGAAAGGAAGGCUCUGAGAUACAAGCAGACCCUGCUCUAUGGGGAGUACCAAGAGAACCAAGGAGGCUCUGGCAGACGGGAGGCCACACGCCUGCUGACAGAGAGACAGAUCAAGAAACAUGGCAACCAUCACCACAGCCACGGCAAGACACGACAUGGCCGGCGCAGCCAUGGUCAAAAUGGAUACCACAGUAGGCAUCAACACAGCUACCACAGCAGACAUAGGAACAGGCGUCAGUCCAACAUGGAGGCGGGGGAUGAACGAGACGAGCAAACAGCUGAACCUGACCUCACGUCCUCUAUAAAGAAGAAACGCUCCUACUCCAAAUGUAGAGACUGCAUAGCACGGGUGCAGCGAUUCCUUGUGACCAGGUUAGGAGAGGACUGGAUCUUCCUUGUUCUGCUGGGCAUCACAAUGGCACUGGUCAGCUGGACAAUGGACUAUGCAAGUGCAAAGAGCCUGCAAGCCUAUAAAUGGAUUUAUGGGGAGCUGAGGGGAAACAUCCCCCUGCAGUACCUGGCUUGGGUUUCAUAUCCCCUGAUCUUCAUCCUGUUCUCCUCCCUCUUCUGUCACCUGGUCGCUCCUCAAGCUAUCGGUUCUGGCAUCCCAGAGCUGAAGACCAUCCUGAGAGGUGUGGUGCUAAAGGAAUAUUUAACUCUCAAGGCCUUUAUUGCCAAAGUCAUUGGUCUGACUGCAGCUCUGGGCAGCGGGAUGCCUGUAGGCAAAGAGGGCCCGUUUGUUCACAUCGCCAGUAUCUGUGCUGCAGUUCUCAGCAGGUUCAUGUCCUUCUUUUCAGGAGCUUAUCAGAAUCCAUACUGCUAUACAGACAUCCUGACAGUGGGCUGUGCUGUUGGGGUUGGCUGCUGCUUUGGUACUCCACUUGGAGGUGUACUCUUCAGUAUAGAGGUAACAUCCACAUACUUUGCUGUGAGGAACUACUGGAGAGGAUACUUUGCUGCUACAUUUAGUGCCUUCAUAUUCAGAGUGUUAUCCGUGUUCAACAAAGACGCAGUAACCAUCACUGCUCUGUUCAGGACAAACUUCCGUAUGGAUUUCCCUUUUGACCUGCAGGAGCUGCCAGCAUUUGCCAUCAUUGGGAUCUCCUGUGGGUUCUUGGGGGCGUUCUUCGUCUAUCUCAACAGACAGGUUGUGCUGUUCAUGAGACGGCCCAACGCCAUGACCCGCUUCCUGACCAAACACCGGCUGGUCUUCCCUGCUGUGGUAACCCUGGUCAUUGCCACCUUGACCUUCCCACCUGGGUUUGGACAGUUCAUGGCAGGAGAGCUGAUGCCGAGAGAGUGUAUCAACUCCCUGUUUGACAACUUUACGUGGACAAAGAUUUCAGGAUCUCCUCCUCCGGUUGGUCUGGGCCUCUCUGCUGCCUGGCUGCACCCUGAUGUCAGUGUCUUUCUCAUCCUGCUGCUCUUCUUAUUCAUGAAGUUCUGGAUGUCCGCAGUGGCCACCACCAUGCCCAUUCCAUCUGGGGCCUUCAUGCCUGUUUUCAUACUGGGAGCUGCAUUCGGCCGGCUGGUAGGGGAGAUCAUGGCCACCCUGUUUCCUCAUGGGAUCGUGUUUGAUGGCAUCCUUUACCGUAUCAUCCCUGGAGGGUACGCAGUCAUUGGAGCGGCAGCUUUGACUGGGGCUGUGACUCACACGGUGUCCACGGCAGUUAUCUGCUUUGAACUGACAGGCCAGAUCUCCCACAUCCUGCCCAUGAUGGUGGCAGUAAUCCUGGCCAACAUGGUGGCCCAGGGCCUGCAGCCCUCCCUGUAUGACUCCAUCAUCCAGGUCAAGAAGCUACCGUACCUGCCGGAGCUCGGCUUCGGACACAUAAGCCAGUACAACAUCUUUGUAGAAGACAUCAUGGUGAGGAAGGUGAAGUUCAUAUCGUCCAAGUCCACAUACAGAGAAGUCAAACUCCUGCUGGACUCCUCCUCCAUCAGUUCAAUCCCACUGGUCGACUCAAAAGAUUCUAUGAUCCUAUUGGGCAGCAUUGACAGGUUGGAGCUUUUGGCUCUCUGUGAUUGGUGGUUGUCACCAGAGAGAAGGCUCCUGAUGCAGGGUCAGAGUCUACAGGAGCAGAACCAAUCUCAGAAACACAGCUGGGAGUCCUUCGCCUUCGUAGAUGAGGAGGAAGACGAGGACGGAGAGAAGGGCAGCCCAUUGCAGGAGGAGAGAAACGGCCCCCUGCCUCCUCCGAAGCCUCAGGAGCCCUCCUCAAACCACACUGCUCCUGUUUCCGAAAAAGGUCCUCUUCAGUCUGUGAGGAAAACACUCAGGAAUCUCUUCACCUCUGAGAACAGAAAGACAGACGGACAGUCACAGGAGCCCUGUCCUCCUCCCCUGUCAGACACAAUGACACCAGAGGAGAUCAAAGCAUGGGAAGAGGCAGAGAUGGACAAGCCGAUGGAAAUCGAUGAGAUACGAAUAGACCCUUCCCCUUUCCAGCUGGUUGAGAGAACAUCAUUGCACAAGACCCACACCUUAUUCUCACUGCUGGGGCUUAGUCACGCUUAUGUGACCAGUAUCGGCAAACUGGUGGGAGUGGUGGCUCUGAAAGAGCUCCAGAAAGCCAUCGAGGGCUCCACGCGCUCUGGUGUCCGGCUCCGUCCUCCCCUCGCCAGCUUUCGCGACAUCAACAACCACAACUCUGUCUCUAAACCUCCACCUUCUUCUCCCGCUGUGCCUUCCUCUCCGACCUCCACCUCUGCUCCCUCAACUACGACUGCUCCCCAACCUCCAUCCCCCUCUCCCCCGCACCACCACCACCACCACCAUCAUCUUCAUUACCACGAGAAUGAAAGAGAGGUGUGGAUCGAGGGCGUGACGAUGGAGGUGGAGGACAGCAGCAGCUGUAGCGCGGGAAGUGGCGGUGUUAGCAGCAGCACUGGGGCCUGCAGCUCACCCAGUGGGAGCUGCAGCUACAACAGCAACCUCACCCUCCCUCCCUCCACUACUCCACCCCCAGUCCCCUCUUCCUCCACUCCUCCUCUUCCUCCUUCUCCUCCUCCCUCCCCCGGCCUGAGACCCUUACAGAGACUCCUUGAGGGGGAUGAAGACAGUGAUGAUGAGCCAAUGGUUUAGAUAAGACAAGAGUGUUGGUUAUGUUUUUUAUAAUGGAAAACUUUUUUAAUGGUUUGAGUUUUUUCUUUUGUUCUUAAUUUGUUGCUCCGGUCUUUGGACACUCAUUUACCUCUUUUUGUCACCACUUAGGUAGAGAAAAGAUUUGUUUGCUUGAAGCUGCGCUGAGCUAGGCUUAACUCUUCUUGUUUUGAGGACAGUUUAUCCCACACUUACUGACUGUCUGCUCAUUUCACAGACCUUCGCCCACCACAGCUCUCUGUCUUUCCUUAAUAAGCUCUGUAUGUGUGUGUGUUUUGAUACUUUUCCUGCCUCAGUUCCUUCUCAUUUUCUCUUUCUAGUUGUUUUUCACAGAGUCUCAAGGGUUCAAACAAAGUAGCUUGUACCCUUGCCACUGAUAUCAGCUAUUUCAAAUUUUUACACCAAAAAACCCCAGCAUUACGACAACAAUAGCAACCAAAGCUGACCAUUAAAAGGCUGAAGAAUGAAUUAUUUUACUGUUAGUGGCUCCUGAAGGUAACAUAACUAACUCCUAGUUUGCUCAUUUUCUGGUUCAUACUUGCAUUUUGUAGAGAUGCAGCGAUUUUGAAAUGAUGGGCCGAUAGUGAUAUUAAUGUUUAAAUAACAACUGGCUGAUACCAAUACGGAUGUUUUUAUGUUGUUUUGUUGUUGUUAUUUAUGCCCCCUUUUGUGCCAGGGAAACAAAAAAAUAUACACUAUAAAAAUAGCCAUUCAGCCCUUCAUUACACUACCUUUGAAUAAGCACGAAUGUAGUCAUACAAAUUUAUGAAACAACCUUUAAUAUAACUUGUCAUAGAACAUCUUUUGAAACAAUAAAUGCCUCAAAAGCAUUUUUACUUCAUAUAAUAUGACAUUUCUUUAGUAUCUAUUUUAUAUUGCUGCAAAAACAUCAAAAAAUUUCUCCUUCAAAGAGCUAUUUUUAUUCAAGUUUCCCACCAAAAGUUACAUUUUUUUUACAUGAGAACAUUAUAAUUUACCCCUGCCAUCUCGUCACAGAACAGUGACAUUACAGAGCCCGUUUGCCAAAUAGUCUUUGUAUUCUUCUUGUGCCUGCUCAUUGUUUUAAGUUUGUGGUAAACAACGGCAACAGUGCUGACAGAGCUAACAGUGUUAAAUAGGAGGGAGUUAGAGAGUGGGUGAUACAAUUCUACAGUGAUGCCAUCCCGAUAUCAGUGGUAACUGCCGUAAGAGCACAGUGCAAAAUGGUAGCAAUAAGCAAACCAGCAAGAUUCACACAUACAGGUGAAGACAUUUGUUACAAGCUGACGUCAGCUUGUCUCGAAAGAAGAAAAAACGUUGGAAACAGAGAAUUUAGAAGUUUUACACGCAUUUACCUCAUUUGAAAGUUUGUUUGAUAUGAACAUCCAACAUUGUUACAUUACAUAAAUAUAUAUGACAAAAAAGAAGGGAAAGCAUAAUAGGUCUCCUUUUAGUAUCAUGAAGAAUUCACUUAAAAAAAUAUAACAGAAGAAUAAAUGUAUAAUGCAAUGCCAUACACUGCAUUGUCCCACUUUGGAUUUUGAUUGAUGAGGCACAUCUCUGUGUCACAGUGGUUUCCAGCACCACAUAUGUUGGAUAUUUGUAUUUUUAUUAACAUAAUAGGAAGAGUAAUCCAAACCUGCGCUGCCCAGAAGUGAACCCAGUAAACUCCAGCACAGCGGUUGUGUUACCUGAUCGUUUAUGUGUCUUUAAAAAAAAGAGUUUUAUCGGAUGAGAGCAGGAGUUAUUGAUUUUCUGAACUGGCAGCAGACCAUCUGGAUAGCAGCAGACUAAUGGAGCUGCUCAGUCCGCUGUGGAAGAUUGGCCGAAGCCCCAAAACGACCUCCAAAUUGCGUGCUGACCUUGUAAAUGCAGCCUCAGAGCUCAUCUCAUCACGGUUAAGUUGAUAGAUGGUUCAGCUAAAGGCGGCUGACAACAGCCCAAUCUGGCUGUGAAGGACCAUUUUUUUCCCCCUCUUCCCUAAUAAGGAUGCCUUCCAGAUUUUGCAGAAAUCCCACAUGACCACUUUACUUUUUUAUUUAAUAAUGAUGAGGAUAAUGUUGCACAAAUAAACAACACAAGCCUUUCAUUCCAAAUUAUGACAUGAUUCAUGCUCCAAAAACAGUGACAAUACAAAGUGAUGACUAACUGUCAAGAUGGUGAGAGACAGCUGACAUUUUCUUACAUAACAUCUAUGUUAAAUGAAGAUGCAGAUGUAUGUUGACAGAGAGAUAUUUGCCAAUCAGUGCAUUAAUUAGCUUUAUGAAUUCCCUCAUUAGCAAAGCUGUUUAAUAUAGACCUGACUGUUGAAGCUGUUCAUGUGACAUGUCCUUCUCUCAGCAGCUACCACAGUGAUGAUUUUUAUUCUAGUUCUUAAAAACUUAAGGGAAACCACAGGACUGCAAAUGUCAUUACUCAGCCCCACAGAUGACCAUUUCUAUACCAAUUACUCACCCUGUGUAACACUUAAUUUAUGAAGAAAACUUGCCUCUACAGUGAACGGAGAAUCCAAAAACAGAGAUUUUUUUUAAGGAUUGAAGUCAUGGAGAUUGUUUAACAGCAGCAAAAUAUCAAAACAUCUCAUUAAAAAAUCUCACACAAUUCUUGCAGUAUAAUCCAAGUCUCAUUUAUCCAGUCGUACACUCAGCACUUCCUAAACAGGCAGCCCUUUCUAACAAGGAACAAACUGUUCGUCUUUGAAAGGGUAAGUUUGGAUUCACCAAAGUCAUAUAAUAACACAAACUAACUGAUUGAGGCAGUGGCAGACAAGCAGCUCCUGUGUUCAGCUCGGUAAAAAGACUAUAUUUGUCAGUGGAGUCUGGCUUUGAAGAGAGCAAAGAUAAGUUUCACUUUCAGUUCAGUUCCCUGUUGCAAAGGGCUGUCUGUUUGAUAAGCACUGAGCAUACCACUGGAUAAAUGAGACUUGGAUUAUAUUGCAAAAGUUGUGUGAGCAUUUUUAAUAGAUGUUUAAUAUAGUUUUGAUGUUGUUAAACACGGACCCCUGUAAAUUCAGUUCAUUCCAAAUUUUUCAGUUUAUUCAUUCAGUAGAGGCAUACAAGAAAAAAGGUUUCUUCAUAAUUUCAUCAUAACAUAGGGUGAGUAACUGAUCCACAAAUGGUCAUUUGAGAGCCGAAGUAUUUGUCUAAUAACUGUAUUUGAGUUGUUGAACUUUUCUCCUUGUGCUGCACCCUUCCUUUUCAUUUCUCCCUCCGUCUCCUCUUACACUGCCCUCAUCUCCUGGAUUCAGUUUCUCAGGUGCUGCCUUAAAAGUCUUUAAACCUUCAGAUUUCACAAAAAACAUUUUCUUUACGUCUGUGUGAAUUGAAUUGUGUGUGUCUAUUUCUUAAGAGAGCUCUGUACCCGUGUAAGUGGGAAUAUCUUUUGUCUGUCUGUGGUUGUGGUUUCAUAUAUUUAUUUAUUUAUCUAUCUCUUAGUAGAGUCAAAUGUUAUCUUCAAAUUUAUAAAACUGUGAAAGAUGUAGCAAAAUAAAGUUUUAUAAAGUGAAAUGCUUUAA